GAAAAAAAAAAGAAAAAAAAUCUACCUGCUUUCUGAACCAUGUCGUUGAGCCCAAAGCACACAACGCCUUUCUCAGUGACAGAUAUUUUGAGUCCAAUCGAGGAGACCUACAAGAAGUUUAGUGGCAUGGACAGCGCUGGGAACCUAGCCUCUCCGCUGGGAGCCUACCGGCAGCCUCAGGUGUCUCAGACUGGCAUGCAACAGCACCCCAUGGGGCACAACGCCGCCGUGGCGACCACCUACCACAUGCCACACAGCGUCUCCCAGUUCUCGCACGGCGCCAUGGGGGGAUACUGCAAUGGCGGCAUCGGCAACAUGGGGGACCUGCCGUCGUACCAGGAGAGCAUGCGGAACAGCGCGGCGGCCACGGGCUGGUAUGGCGCCAACCCGGAUCCGAGAUACCCCACAAUUUCUAGAUUCAUGGGACCUUCCACAGGUAUGAACAUGAGCGGCAUGGGCAGCCUGACGGGGAUGGCGGACGCCACCAAAUCCAUGCCAAGCCUCCACGCUGCGCCCAGAAGGAAGCGCCGCGUGCUGUUCUCCCAGGCCCAGGUCUACGAGCUCGAGAGGAGGUUCAAGCAGCAGAAGUACCUCUCGGCGCCCGAGCGGGAACACUUGGCGAGCAUGAUCCACCUGACGCCGACCCAGGUGAAGAUUUGGUUCCAGAACCACAGGUACAAGAUGAAGCGGCAGGCCAAGGACAAGGCGGCCCAGCAGCUGCAGCAGCAGCAGCAGCAGCAGCAGCAGCAGGACAGCAGCCUGUGCCAGCAGCAGUCGCAGUCCCCGAGGCGCGUGGCGGUGCCAGUUCUGGUAAAGGACGGGAAACCGUGCCAGAACGGCUCCAACACGCCGACGCCGAGCCAGCAGCAAGUGCAGCAGCAGCAGCAGCAGCAGCAGCAGCAGCAGAACGGGUCCGGGGUCGUGCUAGCGACCCCCACAAACGCCCUCAAUCAGCAUCAAAACCAGCAGGUCAGCGCCUUGGUGCAAGCCCAAGACCUGGAGGAGAUGUCACCUAGCCCCCCCUCCCUGCACAGCCAGCUCAACAUGGCCCAGAUAGACACGUCUGCUGUAGACUACACCAGCAGCAUGGUCAGCUCAAACCUGCUGUACGGCAGAACGUGGUAG